AUGUCGAUGGGUACGGGAGGAUCGGGUCACGGCAAAUCCUGGAGAAUAACCUCGUCUGCUCCGACUCCAGGACUGCAACGCUGGGGAGCCUGUGGACUGGGAGCUGAGGGUUGGCGAGACGAUUGGCAGAGGCAUGUUCUCUUUGUCAAUGUCUGCUAUUGGGUAGAAGUUAAUGACGCUGCCUUCUCACACACGAGGAACUCCGGAUACUCCUCGGGUGCGUCGAAGGGGAAAGGGAAGGAGAAAGACAAACUAAUGCCUUCCAUCCCCCUGAAACCACAAAGUGAAUCGAGCACAGUCAUUGCGCCUUCACCCAUAAUCAAGAAUCUGGACGGACAAAAGCUUUCAACGCCUGCGCCCCCUUCCUCCGGUGGCGACAACCUACACGUGCCCGACAAUCAACACAACCAUCGACCCAAUCUUGCCUUGCUGAUGAUUAUAUGGACCUUACCGGUAUUGGAUGAAUACUUCGGUGUGGGUCAUGAGAUGACGACGCUUCGAUGUCUUGAGGGCCUGAACCUCGAACCUUCUUCUGGUAUGGAACUUCAGGUAUUGUUGGUUGAGCAGUUGCUGCUCUAA